UUAACAAUUAUAUAUAAAAAGAUCUCCUCUUCCUCCUUCUUCCUUCCAUCCCCUUUUGAAAUACAUUUUUCAUUUUCAUUUUCUUUUUAUUUAUUUAUUUAUUUGUUCUUUCAUUAAUAUUUGUAUAUACGUAUAUCAUAUUGUAAAAUGACAUCACCAACAUUGUUAUCAUCAUUAUCACGUAUAUCAUUAUUAUGUACAACACUUUUACUAUUAGUAGUACUACUACUAUGGCUAUUCAAUAACAUGAUGAUGACAACAACAACAACAACAAGUGUAGUUUUAUUUGAUCCUGUUAUACCAUCACCUCAAGAAAUAGAUGCCAUGUAUGCAUCAACUCAACUACCAGAACCUAUUGAAAUCACAAACUUAUCAUUAUGCAAAAAUAUUGAUUUUCAUUGGCUGGCUUCUGAUAGAGACUAUUGGGAUGGAUGGACAUCCAAGUCUAUGUUUAUGAAACCUAAUGGACAAUUUACACGUAAAAAUGUUUAUAUUCAAAAGGAAGAGACAGUCUGCAUUUUAGUUAUGUUGAUAUAUAGUUAGGACCUAUUCCAGCUGUUUCUUCUAUCAAAAUUGUACCUCAUUAUGCACCACCUGAUUCUAUUAUCGUCACAGUUAAAUCUCU